AUGGUAAUAGAAAAUCAAAUACCUAAAACCGAAACGGUUUAUGAAUUAAAAGAAAAAUGCGAAAUCCCUUCUUUUGAGGAAUUUAUGAAAAAUUAUGAGAAUGAUGGUAAUUUAAAUUACGAUGAUUUAAGUGGUGGUGAUAUUGGUGAGGAUUGUGUUUCUUUGUAUCUGACUUGUCCUGUUCCCAAAGGUGUUAAAUUUUCUUGGGGAGAAUGUAAUGAUAAAGCAGAAGCCUGGUUGCGGAACGGAUGGACACAUGAGUUUGAAUUGAAUGGCAAUGUUGGAUUUAGUGACGGGAGUUAUAAUUUCGUCUUUUGCACAAACGAAUAUCCAUUCAAAAAUUACCGAGUUGGUGAGGAAAUAGAAGUUAACAUAACUAAUGCCAAACACAUGAGUUCUCAAAAUUAUCAUCAGGUUAAGUUAGAACUUGACUCUUUUUAUAAUGUGUUAGAACCGUUGGAAGAGUUUAUUGAUAAGGCAGGUUAUUAUCCUAAUUUUAGAAGCAGAAGGCAACUUUAUAGGAGGGUUAUCCAAGAUAGCGAAGGAACCUUGGAGAAUAACAAAAAUUUGUUUUUAACUGAUUUGUAUAUUUUCUCGGGAGCAGUUGAAGGAGAAGCAGAAUUUAUUAUGGAAACAAACAAUGUUCUUGAGGGUAAUGAUGAAAAAAUUGUUCGAGAAACUGAUGAAAGAGACAAGGUUAGGGCGAAGAAGCCUGAUUUGACAAAG